AGUUAUUACAUUCUAUGUUACAGUUCAACUGUAUAUGAGAACUGGACAAAGUGACUCCACCCCUCUUGGUUUUUAAUUAAUAUUUCAGUACAAGAUCAGAUGCGUCAAUAAAAUAAAGUAGUCUCGCAUCGAACAUUCCAAAACAUUUUUUUUACAUUUUUUAUUUUUUAGAGUAGUAGGGGCGUGGCCUUACUACAAGCUAUGAUUGGUGAAAGUUGUUGACGCAGGUCAACUCGGACUGAUCUCUGACGACGUCUGGUUCCAACAUGGCGGCGUCCGUAUUGUGAAAAAUGGCAACUGAAUUGACUUCAUUUGGUUGGAGUCUUACUAUUGGGUAUUCCAGUUCUCUGGUACAGUCAAUGCUAUCUGGUACUGUCUGAAAUAUGACAGAUUAUUGAUCGGAGGAUUCUGAAGAUGAAGAAGAAAAAGACCAAUCAGACGACAUCUGUCUUUUCAUCGCAGAUCGGGCUAAUCUGAAGCGGGUUUGUUUGCUUUAUGAUUAUUGGGGUCACGUUGCAACAUUACUAGUUACUCAGUGACAGAACCGAAGUGAUUACCUUUAACACAGCAAAUGACUGUUUAUUUUACAGGAACACUGUAGCAUUGGCUCACGGUGGAAAUGUGUUUCUGAAAAUCAUGGAUUUGUUUUCCUCCACAGUUGGACUGUUGCUUGAGUGGGAUUUGAAAAGUUUGCUGCUUUUCAUCUCAGUUUUCAUCAUCACUGCGGAUUACAUUAAAAACCGUCGACCUGUCGGCUUCCCUCCAGGACCUGCAGCUCUUCCCAUUGUAGGAAACAUAUUCACUGUGGACCUGAACCGGCCCCACGAGAGCUUUUUAAAGUUGGCAGCAGAAUACGGAGAUCUGUACAGCCUGCGGUUCGGCCAGCAGUGGAUCGUGGUGUUAAAUGGAUACAAAGCUUUGAAAGAAGCUCUGGUAACAAAGGGGGACAGCGUGAUAGACCGCCCACACCUUCCUCUGCAGGACGAGAUCGCUAAAGGGCUCGGAGUGAUUUUCAGUAACGGAACCAACUGGAAGGAGCAGAGGCGUUUCGCCCUUUCAACCCUCAGAUACUUUGGCUUUGGGAAGAAGUCUCUGGAACCCGUCAUCCUGAACGAGUUUGCUCAUUGUGCAGAAGAGCUGAGGAGCUUUAAAGGUAAGCCCUUCGACCCUCACCUCAUCGUCAACAACACCGUCGCUAACAUCAUCUGCCAUCUGGUCUUCGGCCGCCGCUUCGAGUACGGCGAUGAGAAGUUCAGAAAACUGAUGCUGCUCUUCGACAGAGCGCUCCAGAUCGAAGCUUCAGUCUGGGCACAGCUCUACAACUCCUUCCCUCCGAUCAUGAGAUGUCUGCCGGGUCCACAUCAGACCCUGAAGCGGAUCUGGAGGGAGGUGCAAGACUUCAUCGGGGAGGAGCUGGAGGAGCACAAGAGGAGGUGGGAUCCUGCAGAUGCCAGAGAUUACAUCGACUUGUACCUGACAGAGAUCCAGAAGACUAAAGGACAGCAGGACAGCAUGUUUGAUGAGGAGAACCUGAUCAUGUGUGUUCUGGAUCUGUUCGUGGCCGGUUCUGAGACCACGUCCACCACGCUGCGCUGGGCCUUCCUCUACAUGGCAAAACAUCCCGAGAUCCAAGAAAAAGUCCAAAGUGAGAUCCACAGAGUGAUCGGAAAGUCCAGACCUCCGUGCACGGAGGACCGUGCAGAACUACCGUACACCGACGCCGUCAUCCAUGAGGUCCAGAGGAUCGGGAACAUCGCGCCUCUGGCUUUACCGCACGCCACCAACAAAGACGUCCAGCUGGGAGACUUCACCGUCCCGAAGGGAGUCCUGAUCAUUCCCAACCUGACCUCAGUUCUGUUCGACCAGAGAGAAUGGGAGACGCCGCACACGUUCAAUCCCGGACACUUCCUGAACAACGACGGGAAGUUUGUGAAACGAGCAGCUUUUGUCCCGUUUUCUGCAGGAAAACGACUGUGUCUGGGAGAGAACCUGGCCAGGAUGGAGCUCUUCCUCUUCUUCACCUCCUUCAUGCAGCACUUCAGCUUCUCCAUGCCGGCCGGGGUGGAGCCGGUGCUGGAGUAUCGCGGCGGGUUGACUCUGGCUCCGAAGCCGUACCGGAUCUGUGUGCAGGCGCUCUGAGAAGAGGAGCUGGAAU